UUUUUCUAGGUAUUCUGACAGAGGUCGUUGUGUGUCCAAGGAGGAGGAGAAACACUGGAUCGACCUGAGAGAACUGGAAUAUUAGAAGAUUGUACCAUUGCCCGUGAGCAUAAUGUAGUUUUUAUUAACUACAACGACAGUUUUUUCCCUGGGUGAGUGUGCGCUGUGGUACCAAUGGACAAGGGGGAGGAUCUCAACCUCUCCUUUCUGCUGGAGCAUGAAAGAGAUAUGAUCCUGAAGGUGCUGCAGAAAGAUGAGAAACUGAGGAAACGAGAGGAGAAAAGAAUAAGGAAGCUGAAGAACGAGCUGCUGGACAUCAAACGAAAGGGUUCCAGUCGGCCCCAGGAGCCCGGGGAGCGCCAGUGCGCCCGCUGCCUCAAGAGUUUGGGCCUGAUCUUUGACCGCGGAGACCUGUGCGAGGAGUGCCAGCUGCGCGUCUGCAGCCAAUGCCGCGUCACGGCCGCCGGCUCGCGCAGCUGGAGGUGCAACGUCUGCGCCAAGAUCUCGGAGCUGAAGGUGGUGACGGGCGAGUGGUUCCUGGAGGAGCGGUCCAAGCGCUUUGAGCCGAAGGUGCUGAGCUGUGACGUGAUCAAACAGUCUAUCCUGAGCAGCCCGCCAACCACAGAAAAGAAGCUUGCAGGGAAUCCAUCGGCCUCAUCUGACCCAGAGAAACCUAACACCCCAAAAUCCAACCGGAGUGCAGUGCGCAGCAUGGUGGAUGGGGCCAGAAAGAAGGGUCGGAUGAAGUUUGAUAAGAAAGGAAAUCGGACCACCCUGAAACCAGAGAAUGGAGUCGAUAGCGUCAGCGUGAAGUCUGCCUCUGACGGAGAAGCUCAAAGUGUUCGCUCCUCUCCAAGCCCACGUUCAAACAGGGCCAGCGCUGUCGCCGUGGAGUCCUCUGGGAUGCCAGCUGUUCUCAACAACCAACGGACCGACAAACCAGCGUCUCCCAACGACACCCGGAGGGUCAGGCCUGAUGGGGCAGAAAGCGUGGCCAGUGUCCACUCGGGGGACGGCGCCCCUGAGAGGAAGGCAGCUGGCCAUCACCGGAGCAACUCUGGCACUCCGACCAUCUCUGUGUCCCGGGCUUCUGUGUCAUCAGACCACAGCCGCUCAGAGAUGGACCUGUCAGCUCCGGGCUCUGAACCCAGCGAUGACGCCCUCAGCCUCAGAAGCCGCUCCGUCCCCGGGCUCAACGAAGCAGAGUUUACAGAUGAAGACGGAGAGGAAGACAUUGAUGCUCUGAUGUCUGCCCACAGCGUGAGCGCCAGCCGUCGCCUCAGCAACGCAGUGUCAACGUCCUCCACUCCUGGCUCCGAGAGAAGGUGGGGGUACCUUAAUGUCCCCGACUCGGACGCUGAGACUAGCAGCAUAAACAGCAUGAUGAGCAUGUACAGCGAGACCGGUGACUAUGGCAACGCCAGGGUGAGCGGAGAGAUCCUCCUGAACAUCAGCUAUAGCUACAAAACAGGUGCCCUCAAUGUCCUGGUGAAGGAGUGUCACAACCUGGCAACGGGAGAUGAGAGGAGGCAGCGCACGGACGCGUAUGUGAAGACUUACCUCCUCCCAGACACAUCUCGACAGAGCAAGAGGAAGACGAGCAUCAAGCCCAACUCCAUAAACCCCGUUUUCAACGAGAACUUGAGGUACGUGAUCAGCCACACGCAGCUGGAGACGAGAACCCUGCAGGUGUCUGUGUGGCACCACGACCGCUUUGGGUACAACAGCUUCCUGGGAGAAGUGGAUCUGACCUUUGAUUCCUGGCAGUUUGACUCCCAAAUAGAAGAGUGGUUCGGCCUGCAGCCAAAGGUGGAGAACAGCAUGGACUCAACAAUGCAAUAUAAAGGAGAACUGACCGUGGUGUUAAAGUACAUUCCUGCAGAAAAGAACCUCAUGUUGCCUCUGGAUCAAGUUCAAGUGAAAAAGAGUUUCCUGAAAGGCAAGAAGACGAGCAGCUUCACUCCGCCUAAAGGGGGCAUGGUGGAGUUGUUGGUCAAAGGAGCCAAAAAUCUGACUGCUGUCAAGUCUGGAGGCACUUCUGAUCCUUUUGUGAAAGGGUACCUCCUGCCUGACACUAACAAGUCAACCAAGCACAAGACGGCGGUGGAGCGACGCACCGUGAACCCUCAGUGGAACCACACCUUCACCUACUGCGGCCUGCAGCCGGGAGACCUGAACAACAUCUGCCUGGAGCUCACUGUGUGGGACAAAGAGGCUCUGGCCAGCAACGUCUUCCUGGGAGGAGUCAGGCUGGGAGCUGGCACAGGCACAAGCUAUGGGAACGAGGUGGACUGGAUGGACUCACAUGGGGAGGAACAGCGGGUUUGGCAGCGCAUGAUUGAAAACCCAGAAGUUCCUCAGGAGUGCACUCUGAUGUUGCGGUCCAGCAUGCGCAAGCGCGACACGUGAACCCAACCGAGGGACCAUCAGAGGGUAAAAGAGAAUAACAGAGCGAGAAAGAACAGAAAAAAGUGGUCCGGACGUGUAAUGACAGGGCUGGAGAGCUGGUGUGUUUGAGGGAAAUGGACAUAAACAACUCAAAUACUCAUAAAGGACUAGAGGCCGUACCCCUCCGUACUAUCUUGCUUUUUCAGAGUCCUACUCCUGUUCACAACAGCCAGUCAGGCCUUAGACGCUCUUCCGCUCAUCCACAUGUGGCCCUCUGCCCUCCAAAGCACUUCGUCGUGAACCAACCACUGCUGCUGUUUAGCCCAAACCAUAAUUGUAUGUGACUUACUGUAACUUCUAAAUAAGCACACGCUGACUCCUGAUGUGUCCGUCCUCGUCUUGUCUGUGAGCCGCUGUUGCAUGUAGUUACAGCCGAUGGAGAUCUCUUAUAAGGCAUUAGAAGAGGCAGUGAUCAACAAUGCACAAACAUUCCCUUUAUAAUCAACCGAGCAGCAUCGUGGUCUGAAGCAUUGUGGGUUUUUGGCCAAAUAUACCUCCUUAUUAACAGUAGUCUACAUAGCUGGAAAGUAACUAGAUCAUGUACGACUGUGCAACUCAAAGAAGUACUGUAAUUUGAACUCUUCAUGAAAAAAAUCACACUGUGUUUAAUGCUGUGUUACAUAAAGAAUCGAUCUGGCACCUUGAAUCAGAUCUUUAUUUCUAUGCCUCGCUGAGCAAUCUUUUCGUCUCUAAGACAGAAGAUGAUUAUUAUCUGAUGACUAACCUGCAGCUUGCAAAUAAUGAUAAUAAUUUCGGCUCCUCUCACACCAGGAUCAGAUUGGUGUGAGAGUUGUGUGAAUAUGUCACCUCACUACACCUGAGGCACAAUAAAGUUUGCUGACUAAAACAAUGUUUAAAGCGGCCGUCUAGGCCUUUUACCACACACAUCUGCAGCAGUCAAACAUCUUUCUGCUCACUAAAUGAACCCAUGUAAAAGAAAAUGCCAUUGAAGAAGCUGUAGAAAAAAACACAAAAAAACAAACAGCAGAUGUUUUUAAAAUGCCAAUUAUUAGUAGAUUAUUUUUAGGUAAUGGUAAGGAUAGGAGGGUGCGCUAUCGUUAUGAAACAUAUACAGUAUAUUGCCAAGCAUGUAUGUGAUGUCAACUCUGAAUAGUGGAUGAGUAGAAAUGAUUGGUGCAGAAGCCAGUGUGUCGUCCAGGUAUUUUUGUACAGUCUGCCCCUGACAUCAGUCCUUUCCCACAAGAAUCAUACCACUGUUUUUAAUGAGUCUUUUCUUCUUUUCUUCAUCUGAAUCAGUGGUCAUAAAUGAUCAUUGUCUUUAGCAAAUCAUUGUGCAGUAAGUUCAAGGAGUUUAGCUGCUUUCAUGCCCAGUCAGCUAAAUAAAUACAUGUGUAGCACAAAGUAAUAAACUUAGAAAAACGUCGACUAUAUUUCAUGUAAAUAUACAUAACACUGUAUCAGUGUGUUAAUAUAAACUGCAUGGUAUUUGAGAAAACAGGGGUAGGAGAACAAAAGGCUGCGCAAAGCACAGAUUCUAACAUUCCCUUUACACCUUGAGGAGCGAGUGUGAUCUGUUCUCAGGCACCUGGAGAUGAGGGCUGUGCGUUCCAGAGUGAGUCAGCACCAAGGGAAGCUGCUUUCAUUUCGGGUCCUGGGAGGGGAGGGUUCAAUAAUGAGCCAGUCACAGUCAGUCUGUGACCUUGUCGCCCAGGGCUCUGCGAUCCUUCAUCCUGUGAUGAAUCACACACUUUACAAAAAGGAUUCUGAAGUCGAACCAUGAAGAACUGUUUGGCGUGUGGGGAUGGUCUUCAGCAAACUGGUCUCCAGUUGGAGUGAUCCAUCCAUGCAUGUCCUGCAUAACUGAGAGGCUCAUGCAAUACCUAAUUACUGAGGAUAGUCUUAUUGUACAGCAUGUACUAUUUCUGUUGUGUUCAGUUGCCAAGCUUAUUUUAUCCCCAAUGUGUUCUUGAGAGUAUUUUGAAAUAAACAUCUUUCCAUAAACUAUAUGCUUUUUUUGCCUGUUUGUUUAUUAAGAUGGUUUCAAAUAUUAAACUACUUCCAAAUAAAAAGUGCUGCUCUUGUGUGUGCUGAUUUGUCCAAAAAUAUUAACUCAACUCUGUAAAAUUGUGUCUACUUUGUAAGUCGCUUUUGAUAAAAGCAUUUGCAAACAUAAACAAGUAAGAUUGUCCUUUUUGU